AUGUCCACGCCAAACAACAUGCCCCCAUACACACCCAUGCCCUCCCUGGGCCACGAGCUAGGCGUCAUGUUCGGUUUCAUCGUUGCCUGCCUGCUGAUCAUGGCGGUAUACAUCUAUUUCUGGCGGGCUGCCGACCGCCGCGACAAACAGCGCGAUAAGGACCGGCAGAGGGAGCUUGCUCAGCGGGCGUUCCGGUAUGAUAGUUUCCGGUCAGUGGGGGGUCCGCGGGAGAAGAUGCAUAGGAAGAUUGUGCCGCCGGUUGGGGCGCUGGAGGUUCCGUCUUUGCGUGGUGAUCGUGCGAGGAGAUAA